CGAUAAGGUCAGUGGUCUCCUGCCUCAGACCAGCUCUUUGUUGGAAUAUCCCACUGAUACUUGUCCUGCUGCUGUUUGACUGGAGCAUCUCAGGACUGCGAUUGACUAUGGAGAGACAGGCGGUGCAGAGGGCCAGAGAGGCGUUCUUCAGCGGCCGGACUCGACCCCUGGAGUUCAGGCUGCAGCAGCUCCACGCCUUGCAGAGGAUGAUCACAGAGAAGGAGACGGAGAUCUCCACGGCUCUCAAACAGGACAUCAACAGGAGCCAGUACGACACACCGCUCCUGGAGCUGAUCGGGAUCGAACAUGAGAUCAAGCUGGCGACAGAGAAGCUUGCAGAGUGGGCAGCUGCUCGACACGUAGAGAAGAACCUGCUCACCUUAAGAGAUGAGGUUUAUAUCCGUCCGGAGCCCUUAGGGGUGGUUCUUAUCAUCGGGCCCUGGAACUACCCCUGGUCCCUCACCCUGGGACCCCUGAUUGGAGCCAUCGCAGCAGGCAACGCAGCUGUGGUGAAGCCGUCGGAGCUCAGCGAGUACUCGUCCCUGCUGCUCCGGGCGCUGCUACCUCGCUAUCUGGACAAGGAUCUGUAUCCGGUGGUGACCGGCGGAGCCUCCGAGACCCAGGAGCUGCUGAAGUUUAGGUUUGAUCACGUGUUCUACACGGGAAGUCCCAGCGUGGGUAAACUGGUGAUGGGAGCGGCAGCUCGCCACCUCACCCCGGUCACCCUGGAGCUGGGGGGGAAGAGCCCCUGCUACAUCGACAAGGACUGUGACGUCAGAGUCGCCUGCCGCCGCGUCACAUGGGGAAAGUACGUCAACUGCGGCCAGACAUGCAUCGCUCCAGACUACAUCCUGUGUGAACCCUGCAUCCAGGGCCGGGUGGUGGAAUGCAUCCGACAAACCCUGCUGGAGUUUUAUGGUGCCGAUCCCAAAUGUUCCCCUGACUACGGCAGAAUCAUCAACCAGCGGCACUACAACAGAAUCAUGAGCCUGAUGGAGGGUUACACACCAGUCGUUGGAGGGCAAAGUGACGCCUCACAAUGCUACAUUGCCCCAACAGUCCUGAAAGACGUGCCCCCCCACUCAAGGCUGAUGCAGGAGGAGAUAUUCGGCCCGUUGCUGCCCAUAGUGACUGUCAGUGACAUGGAUGAUGCCAUUAACUUCAUCAAUGAAAGAGAGAAACCCCUGGCUCUCUACAUCUUCUGCUCGGAUAAGACGGCAAUCAAAAAAAUGAUUGAGGAAACCACGAGUGGAGGAGUGACAGUCAAUGAUGUCAUGAUGCACUACACCCUCAGCUCUCUACCGUUUGGUGGUGUUGGUCAGAGUGGGAUGGGCUGCUACCACGGCAAACACACCUUCGACCAGCUGAGCCACCACAGGGCCUGCCUUGUCCGCUCACUCAACAUGGAGAGUGUCAACCUGGCUCGCUAUCCCCCUCAGAACCGCCAGCGGGCCCGCAGGGCCCGGUUGGCCCUCAAGUCACCUCUGAUCGACACGUCCAAGAGGACGCUGAUCUGGGCUAUUGCUGCUACUGUAAUCGGUCUCGGCCUGCUGAUCACUCUGGUGACAAUCCUGCUCAUCGCUGCAGGGCUCAACUGCACCUGCUGGUACUGGAGAGGCUUUUAUAACUACUGGUGACGGUACCACUUCAAGUCACCAUCAAGAUCUGUCAAAAAAUGGAAAAGAGCGCCUGCUGCAAUAGUAGGAUGACACCGCAUUUGAGUCUUCUUUUAUAUUUAGAUGUUUUUAUAUAUAAAAAGGGGGAAUAACAUUUUGAUAUAACUUUUUCCUGGUUGCUUUUUCUUUAUUUCUAUCAGCUGUUUUUGUUCAACAAGUAGCCAAAAAUAUAAAAAUGAUACAUAAAGUUUGAUGCUUCUUUGCUUUAGGGUUAAUAUUGAUGAAGAAAAGGCAUGUAUGCUUAUUUUGUUCAAGAAUUAAAAAAUGCUUCAUAUAUUAUCAGAUGUAAUUUUUAUAACACUUUUAAAAUUCCCUUCAUAGAGUGUUUAAAACUUGGUUUUCAGUAUUCCCACUUAUACUGGUGACGGUAUAUAUAUUUUUGAGCCAACGGGCAUCAACCAGUCUCGUCAUUUGCACUUUUGUAAUUUGUCUGUUCAUCAUUGCUUGGUGCAGAUGUUUGUUCAAAGUUGCAGGUUCGUUCACAUUUUGGUGCAAUAAAAUAAUUUCUGUGGCCACCAGAUGCCAGCAGGGAGCCAGGUAAGUGUAGAUGGGGACGAUGUGAGGAGGAAAAUAGCUGUGUUCCUCUUGUUCAUAUUUUCUAUCAGCUUCUAAAGAUUCCUCCAUUAUGUGUCUUUUCAAUAAAGGUUCAAUUAAAGAUACAAGACAAGACAACAUAAAUGUUGGUCCUCAUCCAAGACACCUUUAACUUUAUGUUAACUUUCUUUAUGAACAUUAGUCUAGUGUUUAGUAAACGGUUUUUGGACAGACGUCUGACAAAUCUGCUGCUUCUUCAAUGGUAUAAUUCUUUACAAUACCAUUUCAUGUACUCAUGUCAUAUUCUUUCACACAUAUCAGAUAUCUUGAGUUUGUUAUUGUAUGCACACUGCAAAACUUCAAGUAAUCCUACAUCAGCUCUGAUUUGGUAGGUCAGUUUUCUUCUCCUCCUGAGACCUAGAGAGGAGUUUAGUUUAUAGUUUAUAGUUUUAUUUGGAUCCCCAUUAGCGACAGCAAAACUACAGCUAUUCUUCCUGGGGUCCUACACAUAAUACACAGUACAUUACAACAAAAAAUUUAAAGCCAACCUAAAGAAGUAGCAUAUAAAAAAAACAACAGAAAAUAUAUUUUUUUUAAAAGUCAUACCGUUUAACAUUUAGAUAUAAAUAAAAACAAUACAUAUUCCUACAUUUUAUAACAACAAAUUGAAACCAUGUAUAGUUAUCAUUGUUUGCACCAAUAACCAUAUUUAAUAAAUAUUCAUUUAUUU